AUGUUAAAUGUUAUUAGUUUUAUUGCACUGUAAUUUGUAUUGGAUUAUUAAUUGAACGCUUUAUUUUUAGUACCUAUUUAAAAUCAUUCAAUACAUGUAACAAUAUUAGGAAAAAUAAAAUUGUAUUAUAAAUAUUAUCAUACCUUAAAUAGAGUUGAAAAAAUAAAAUACAAUGAAGAUACUUGCAACCAUUUUUUUCUCGAUAUAUAUGUUACAAAACGCGAUUUGUCUAGACUAUGAUGGAUGGUUAAAUAUUAAAAUGGAACACACAUUGAAUUGCAAAUUUGAAGAAUACUGCCCACGUGGUUCCAUUACUUUAAAUAGUAUAAGAACUGGUAUACCUGUAAUUGAUCAAAUUAACUUUAAUAAUGGACAUAUAAGUGAGCUAAAGGAGUUAGCUAAGAUUGAUGGAAUCUAUACUAUGCGAACAUUAGUUUCUACUGCCGAGAGUAAAGAUGUUGAGAUCAUCUCAUUUGUCAGAGCAAAAAGAUUUCUAGAAAGUGGAUUGUCAGAUAUAAUAAGAGCUUGGGUAUUACCAAAUGGUGAAGUUAUUGCACUAAGCCUUCAAGUAGCAAACACUUCACAACCUAAGAAUAUGGAGUAUAAAAGUUCAGAAUACAAGUUGAAUUCAACAUUUUAUAUUCGUCAUGUUGAUCCGGCUCCUUUACCUGAUACAGCCUCUUAUAUCCAGAAGUUAGAGCGUGAAAAAGAGGCAAGAGAAAAGGGUGAAUUUAAAGAUAAUAGAUCAUUCCUAGUCAAAUAUUGGAUGUAUAUUGUACCUAUUGCCAUUUUUGUCAUGAUAUCUGGGGCAGCAAAUCCAGAACCUGCAACCCAAGGUGCAAGGUAAAUUAUUAAGUAUGGAUAUUUAAUAUAAUUAUUUAUUAAACAUACAGGAAUGUAGCAUAAUUUUUAGUGAAAUAAAAACUUCUAAUAACAA